AUGGACGGGGACGGGGCUGAGGAUGCUGGGCCGAGUCUCCCGCUCGUGCGCAGCUUCAUGGAGGCCACGGGCAGCGACGAGCAGCAGGCCCGGUUCUUCCUAGAAGCCUCCGCGAACAACUUCAACGGCGCUGUCCAGAUGUACCGUGAGAACAUGGGCGGCGGCGGCGGCGGCGGCGGUCUCUUCGGCGGCCCCCCGCCGCCUGCCGCCGACGACCCCCCCGGGGGUGUUCCCCCGCCCGUGAACGACGCGGGCCCGCGCGCGGACGGCGAGGACGGCAACGUCGCGCUGCAGAUCCUCGCCGCGGUGAUGCAGGCGCCGAUCUUCGUGCUGCGGACCGGGUUCGUUCUCGUGCGGGGGGUGUUUGGCCUCGCGUGGGGCAUCCUGGACGCCGUGGGGUCCCGCGUGCUGCCGUCGGGCGUGUGGGCGCCCGUCCGGGGCGUCGUCGGGGCCGUGGCGGGCGCCGGGGACGACGACGCCGACCCCGCGGAAGCCGCACGGGCGUUCGCGGCGGCGUUCGAGCGCGACCACGGCGACGCGCACCCGACGUUCUCGAUCUGCUCCUGCCACGACGCCAUCCGCCGCGCGCACCGCGAGGGCCGCUUCCUCCUGGUGUACCUGCACGACCGCAACCACCAGGCGUGCCGCGACUUCUGCGCGGGCAUCCUCACGCACCCGAGCGUCGUGGAGCUCGUGAACUCGCGCUUCGUCUUCUGGGCCGGCGACGUGUCCGUCCACCGCGGCGCGCGGCAGCUCCAGAGCACCCUGCGCCGCCCGCGCCCGCCGUACAUGGCGCUGCUCGCGCCGUCCAGCCGCAGCGAGCUGAGCCUCGCCGCCGCGGUCGAGGGCCUGCAUCCCGUCAGCCAGAUCGUCGCGGAGAUCGAAGCCGCCGCCACGCAGCACCAGUAUCUCUUGCAGAACGCCAGGGAGGCGCGGCAGCGCCACGACGAGUCGCGCCGGAUCCGCGAGGAGCAGGACGCGGCCUUCCAGGCCGCGCUCGACGCGGACCGACGCCGCGCCGCGGAGGCGGAGGCUGCGGCGCGGGCUGAGCGGGAGGCUGCGGAGGCGGCGGCGGCCGCGGAGCGUCGCGCGCAGGAGGAGGCGGCGGCGCGGGAGGCGUCCGCGGCGCAGGCUGCGGAGGCCCGGCGGCUGGCGCGCGAGUCGCUGCCGCCGGAGCCGGCCGCAGGCGCAGGGGGGGUGUGUCAGAUCCGGGUUCGACUGCCGAGCGGAGGCAACCAGGCCCGGCGGUUCCUCGCGAGCGACACAGUGGCGGCGGUGUACCGGUGGGUGGACUGCCAGGAGGGUCUCCCGGCUCGGUACGUGCUGGUGUCAAGCUUCCCGCGGAAGGAGUUUGAGAGGGGGGGGAGUGAGGGUAUGACGCUGGAGGGGGCCGGGCUCAGCCCGCAGGCGGCGCUGUUCGUGCAGGGGCGGGACUGA